AUGGGUUUAAAGUUUCUCAAUAAAAAAAGUUGGCAUACAGGCAGCUUCCAAAAUAUUGAAAAGGUAUGGAUAGCCGAGCAAGAAAACAAGGAACAACAGCGCAAGAUGAGGGAACUUCAGCGAAGGCUUAAAGAAGAAAGACACUAUGAAGAUCUCAAAAAAAUACAAGCAGAAAUAGGCUUGAUCCCAAAGUCUCAUCUGCAAAGGCUAGAUUGGAUGUAUGAAGGCGGGUCUAUAAAAAAUACAAGCAGUGAAGAAUAUUUAUUAGGGAAAAAAUUUGAAGAGCCUGACCCAGAAGCAGAAAAGCCGGAAUGGAGGCCAAUUCUUUGUAAAGAAAGCACAGCAAAUUCGAAUAAUGAAGCGUUUACGAAAGUCCAUGAAGAUCCUAUGUUUGCAAUUUUACAUGAAGAAAAACGUAGACGAGAAGAUAUUCUAUACAAAAUAAAUUUUACUACUAUAAAAAAUUAUUUUAUUAUUGAUAUAUAAAAAUUGGCUAAAAGCAUCAAAUUUAUCCAUAUACAGGAUAUAUUAAGUAACCCAAUAAAAAUGAUGCAAAUCAAAAAAGAAAUCGAAGACAUGAAAAAAGGAAAAAAAGAAAAGCACAAAAAACAUAAAAAACAUAAAAAACACCACCAUAAAGAUUAUAAACACAGCAGUGAUAGAUCUGAAUCUACAGAAAGCUCAAGGGCGCACAAGAAAUAUGGUCUCCAAGGCAAAGAAGUAGAUAUCGGGAAAAAUCUAUGCCCAGAUUGGGAAAUGAGAGAAAAGAAAAAGGAGCACUCAAGACAUAAAGAAGAAAUUAUUCCGAUGAGUGAAGAAGAAAGAGAAAGGAAAAUUGAAGAAAUGAAAAACUGUGGAGAAAUGCUGAAAAAGAAAAAAGAAAAAGAAUAUGAAAAACUUGAUGAAGGAAAAAGAAACCAUAGACCGAAAUUUAUUGAGAAAACUGGAAGAGAUGCAGUUGAAACCCUGAAGAGGAGAUAA